AACCCCAGUCAAUGUCAUAGGCGGGAAAAUUUCCGUUAAAAAAAUCCGCAGUUUAAUUUGCCCUCAGAACAAUGUCCUUCGAGUCCUACACCAACUGGUGGAUCAGAUCGAAGAAGAGGCUGGAAGACCUGCAGGCAGGCGACGAAACCAUUCGCAGGAAAUUCAAGCCAAUCAACGAUCGAAACCUGGCGAACGACUUGAUUGGCGGCCUUUACGCCCAGUACUCCAGACUGGUGCAGGAGCUGACCGCCUGCCUGGAUCAGAUGGCUCAGCCUCAGAAACGAGUCUCCGUUAAGAAGCUGGUGGACGCGGCCUGCAUACGGUUGAGCGAGUUCAACGACGAGCUCAGAAAGAUCAGUCUGAGCGAGUUUCAUUGUAUCGACGGCACCCUGGUCGAGCUCAAAAUGGUGCCCUACGACGUAGAAAUCCUGCAUCCCUGUCUCUUCCACCACAGGCCAGUAAAUGUGGAGGACUUGGUCCAGAGAAUACAGAGAGGAGAAACCAUAUACAAGCCGCCAACGGCCACAGUGGUAUUUUCCCAAACGAACCUCGAAGCCGCCCAGCCGCCCACCUCAAAAUCGGUGGUUUUUGCGCCCGAACCCAACGAAUCCGGCCCUCCGGAGGAGCAACCACAGACCAGUGAAGCAGACCAGCCAAAGAGGAGGUCUACGAAAAUCCUAGUCUCCAAAGAGGCGCAGCAGCAGCAGCAGCAGCUCGACUUCACCGCUGAGGAGCUGGAGACACGAAGCAGAGAGGAGCAGCUCAACAGAGCGCUGGUGUGCCUCCAAACGGCUGAGCGGGGCCGACAGGAGAGGGUCUACUUUUACGAGAAAAAUGCGAAACUGCAGCGCAGCAAAGCUUUGAGGCAACCGGGAGCCAAAAAGGAGGCGGAGAAACCAGAAGAUCCGGCCGUCAACGAGAGGGCAGCCAUGCAAAUCCAAAAAACCUGGAGAGGAUACAAGGAGAGGGACCAUCUAGAGGGGCGGGAACAACGGCGCAGACUUCUCAUAGGCAUGACGGAGCCUAGUUGGAGGUCCACCAAGGAGGCGGAGGUGUUCGAGGCCAACCUAGCCAGGCGCAGAACCUACCGCGACCAGAAAAUCCUGGAAUACAUCCAGGCGAUGGACCGGGAAAAGGCCCGCAUCCUGCGGGUGGUCGCCCCAGGCCUCCUGGAGGACAUCGAGGACGAAAUCCGCGAAUGGUUUCACCGAUGGUACGUGGAGGCGCGAACCUUCGACAAAUACCCGCCCGAAGACAAGGGCGGUACCAUCCUGGUGGUGCGGGGCGAAACCAUGACUCCUAAGGAGUACCUGGACGACUACGAGCUGAAGCGACGGGAGAAGGCAAAGGCCGGGGGAAAGGAGGCGCUCAAAGCCAAACAGGCCAAAGAGAAAAAGCUCAAGCAGGAAGCCGAAAAGAAGAAAAAGGAGGCGGAAAAAAAACUGAAAGAGGCAGCGGCGAGGAAAAAAAAGAAGAAAAAACCGGGCGAGUACGAGCUGCCGGAGUUGGCAGAACCCACGUCGACAGCUCUGAAGCGGGCAGGCGAGGAGGAGUUCCAACGGAUCUGGGACAAAAGAGGCGAGCAAGAGGACCCCUACCUGGACCUGAUCAACGAGCAGUACUGCUACGAGACUCAGCUGGAGAUCCGAAGGCAAGCCGACGAGCUGAUGAGGUUGGAACUGGAGAUUCUUCAAGAGGCCCUGGCCAAGGACAAGGGCAAAAAGUACAAGAAGAAGAAACAGAAAAACAAGCGCAAAAAAGGCAAGAAGAAGGGCAAAAAGGACCUGACGGCCAAUCGCAUGAUCGAGGACCUGUUCCAAGAGCUGGUCAACAACGGGGUGAUUCGCUGCUACCCGCAGGCGCGCCUGGAUGAGUUCUUGGGCGACUUCAGUUACAACAACACCGAGCUGCGAGCCAAAGAGUUCGACCCUGCGGCAACCAUCCUGGACGUUCGGCAAGCGGUCACUUUGAACUGCAUCCAGCCCCUGGGAGUGGAGAUCAUGAAGAAGCCCAGGUCCGUCCUGCUGGUUGGGCCCAGACAGAGCGGCAUCCAUCUGCUGGCCAAUGCCGUCUUCAACCACACCCAAUGUGUCCUUUUCGACCUUUCCCCCGAAGUCACCGCGGGGAUUUACGAGGGAAGCAAAGGCUUAGGAAUGCUGAUCCAUUUGGUGACCAAGAUGUCCAAGCUGCUCCAACCCUCCAUCAUCUACUUCGAUCGGGCUGAGCGCGUUUUCUACAAGAAAGUGCCCAAAGACGAGAGGGAGCUGGACCCCAAGCGGGUGGGCAAGAAACUGGUCAAGGGCAUCAUCAAAGCGAUCAAGCCGGAGGAUCGCGUGCUGGUGCUGGGCGCCACCUGCGCCCCCUGGCUGGCGCAAGCCGCCAAACUGAAGAAGGCCUUCGAAAGGGUGAUUCUCAUCCCCCGGCCGGACUACGGCAGCGUCUAUUUGUGGUGGCGUGAGCUGCUGCGCCCCUACCACGGAGUCGAUCGCAACUUCAACUUCACCAGCUUGGCAACAGUGACUGUCAAUCAACCAUACCCGGUGAUCAAGCAGGCGGUGGAGCUGAUUUUGACAGCUCGCCGCAUCGUCCAAUUGAAGUACAAGCCGUUGAGAGCGCAAGAGCUGCACGAAGUGUUCGUGGCCAAUCAGCUCGAGCCGAUCACCGAUAAGGAGUGGAAAAAGUUCCAGAAAUGGUACAAGAAAACACCCCUGGGGAAGGAGCGGGCGAUAUUCAACAAAUGGGCGGACGGCAAGCGCGAGCAGGAGAAAAAACAACAGGAAAAGCAAAAGGGAAAGAAAUAAUUCCCGCGGAUUGGAUUAUGAUUAUGUCAUUGCUUCUAGGUGUUAACCGGUUUAUGGUUUGUCGAUUUCUUUUUGUUUUCGCUGUCCCGAUUAAAGCGCGCAAUCCUUUUGAA